GUCCCUGACAGAUUAAUUGCUUAGGUGUUUUUCCAGAGGGAGGAGCAAAGCAGAGCAGAGCGUAUAGACAGGCACUUGCGUUUGGAAAGCAAAGACACAGCAUGCGCUCCGUGGAGACGCUCGAACGUCAAGGCAAGAUAUACGGAUAAUUCAAAUAACCGAAUCAAUGUUCAACAAAUAUUUGAUCGAUUAACAUUUCUACAGUACUUUAACUUGCGUUCGCAUUAUUUCAUAAUCGCGUGGACAUUAUUAGAAAAUAGCCUACAAUCAGCAUUGCGCUCCUGGAGAAGUUCUGCUGUUAUGGUCUGGAGGAUUGUGUUAGGCUAAAUUGAUAUGCAGAAAUACUGGACAUCUAACGCGCUAGAUUACGCGCUGCAUUUCUAAUGUUAACUGCACCGAUACCUGCUCCAAUGUCUCAGGCUGAGGUUGACAUGGCUGGUCUUGGCUUCCCGAAGUUGCCUGCAGGGUUUGACGCGGACUCGUUCUUCCCAGCGCGCCUGCCACCGAGACGGAGGAGACACUCGGCAAACUCCAGGAGGAAUGCCUACAGGUUCAACAAACUCCACACCAUGGAGCCCCAGGAAAGCGUCGCUCCUCUUACAAAAACACUUUCUUGGUCGGCCGACAACAUUUUAUCCGAAAACGCCAACGAGGAGAAAAAGACGGACUCUUCCCCUCCGAUGUCACCUGUCUCCAGUUCACCCCCUGAGACGCAGAACUCGGACCCGCGACCGCUGGACACCUGGGCCGCCGAGGAGCCCAGCGCGCAGGAGGCUGAUGCCAGUUCGGACUCGGACGAUGAAAGCACCCAGAAGAAAGUGGUUUUGUCGAGAGCCCCUUUUGAGAGCAAACGCGAGCAGGAGGAAAAGGAUGAGGUCGAGACUAAAGCUGUGGCGACUUCACCUGACGGAAGGUUUCUGAAAUUCAACAUUGAAAUUGGAAGAGGGUCUUUUAAGACCGUCUACAAAGGUUUGGAUACGGAGACCACCGUGGAGGUUGCAUGGUGUGAACUUCAGACCCGAAGGCUGACAAAAGUGGAACGGCAGCGUUUUAGUGAAGAGGUGGAGAUGCUAAAGUGCCUGCAGCAUCCAAACAUCGUCCGAUUCUACGACUCCUGGAAGUCCACCAUGAAAGGGCACAAGUGCAUUAUCCUGGUGACGGAGCUCAUGACGUCAGGGACGCUAAAGACGUAUCUGAAAAGGUUCAAAGAAAUGAAGCUGAAGCUUCUCCAGCGAUGGAGUAAUCAGAUCUUGAAAGGCCUUCACUUCCUGCACACCCGAACACCUCCCAUAAUUCACAGAGACCUUAAAUGUGACAACAUCUUCAUCACUGGCCCAACUGGAUCUGUUAAGAUUGGAGAUUUGGGCCUAGCCACCCUCAAGAGUGCCUCUUUUGCCAAAAGUGUCAUCGGAACUCCCGAGUUCAUGGCUCCAGAGAUGUAUGAGGAAAAAUAUGACGAGGCUGUGGACGUUUAUGCCUUUGGCAUGUGCAUCCUAGAGAUGACCACAUCAGAAUACCCAUACUCUGAGUGCCAAAACGCUGCACAGAUCUACCGCAAAGUCACCAGUGGCAUGAAGCCAGACAGCUUCUACAAAGUUAAAGUUCCCGAGCUGAAAGAGAUCAUUGAGGGAUGCAUCCGGAUGAACAAAGACGAAAGGUACACCAUCCAGGACCUGUUAGAGCACACCUUCUUCCAGGAGAAUAAUGGUGUCCAUGUUGAACUGGCUGAGGAAGAUGACAUGGUGAAGUCUGGCCUUAAAUUAUGGCUUCGAAUGGACGACACCAAGAAGCUUCAUGGCAAAUAUAAGGACAACAAUGCCAUUGAGUUCCUGUUUGAACUCUACAAGGACGUCCCGGAGGAGGUGGCUCAGGAGAUGGUUGUUCUUGGCUUCGUCUGUGAGGCCGAUUAUAAACUUGUGGCCAAAGCCAUUCGAGACCGUGUUACCACCAUAAAGCGACAACGAGAGAAGCUUCGCCGACAUGUUGGAGAAGAGCUGAUAAGACGUCAAGAGGAGGUGAUUGAGGAGGAACCAGAACCUAGUUUUGAAACUGAAUCUAUGGUUUCCAGCGCACCUGCUCUUAGACCUCCUGUAGAGACGCCUGUAUCUGCCCCUACUCAAGCUCCGCCCACAGUCACAGUGUCAGGCCCUACCCCCCUGCCUGCAAAUGAAUCUCUGGAUUCUGGCUUCAAUGCUAGCUUUGCAACUGAACCUGAGGAACCAGCAGAUGCAGACCAGCGGCAGCAUUUCAACAUACGCCAUGCCAGCUACUCAUCAGCAACAUCUGACUGUGAGACGGAUGGUUAUCUCAGCUCCUCUGGUCUUCAGGAGCUUUCAGAAGCUCGAGCUCCAUUAGCAAACCAACCCUCCACAGCUCCAUCACUGCCCAGUGCAGCACCUCGUGUGGAAACUCCACCUGUUGAGGCUCCUCCUACUGAAGCCCCUUCUACUCCAGCCAUCCCAGCACUCCGCUUUCCCUCGAGUAUUGCUGUGUUCCAAAACACAGAGAAGGCGCAGUCAGGAAGUGCCAGUGGUUUUUCCUCUCCUGUUGACAGCUACGCUUCUGAUGUCACCUCAGGUUUGAGUGACGGAAACGAGGGCCUUUCGGAGAGGGCCGGAAAAGGUCAAAGCAAACGCACAGGAACCAAGCUUCUCAGGAAGAGGGCUCGCUCACGGCUACGCAUCACUGGGCUAUCAGAUAAAGUGGACCGGGUUGUGGAGUGUCAAUUGCAGACACAUAACAGCAAAAUGGUGACAUUUAAAUUCGAUCUGGACGGAGACAACCCUGAAGACAUUGCCACAGUCAUGGUACUUAAUGAGUUUAUUCUACCUGGGGAGAAGGAGGGAUUCAUCCACCGCAUGCGGGACAUCAUUCGUCGGGCAGAGGCCCUGAUGAGGAGAGAGCCUUUAGAGCCGCUGGGGUCGACAGACACUGCUCAUCUCAAUUACCUGAGCGGAGUCGGCUCUCUGUCCGCCUCACAGCCCAAUCUCUACACACAGGGCCUCGCUCGCACACACUCCUCUUCCUCACUGCCAGAUUAUGCUGCUGGUCCAUUGACUCGGGGUUCCUCACCUACUCUAAGUGCCGACUUUUAUGUUGAUCCUGAUGCCGUUCCACCCGUCCGUCCUCUGCGUUCACAAUCCUUCCACACUACAGGUUCAACCCACAACUUCCAGUCCCCUGCACCCACUUACUCGCAGUUCUCCCACCCUGAUGUUCUGCCACAUCACCUGCCGAAUCAGAUGUCUGCCAUGCCCCCUCAGUUCAACAAUCCAGCAUAUUUCCAUAACUCCCACUUUUCCCCUUACCCCUACCAAGUGGACCAUGCUUCCCUGAAGAGCCCCCUCAACCCAAGUCCACUCACCCGUGUCCCCAGCAACCCAAACUUCUCUUCCUCAUCUUCUUCCUCUUCUAUGGUUUCACCAGUUCAGCAGUCCGUUGAGAUGCCACCUCAAGCAGAAACCAGCACUCUACCGCCUGGAGUUGCUCAUUCACAAGGUUCGCAAGCUCCAGGCAUGUGGCCACCACCUUCCCAGCAGCCUUUUAUUUCACUUGCCAAUGUUCUAUCUCUGGCUAUGAACUUUGCACAGUCCUUUAUCCCCCCUGGAUCCAUGCCUCAAGGUUUCCACCCUCAAAUGACCCCUCAGCCUGGGUAUGGCCCUAUGUACCCUCAGCAUGCGAGCAUGAGCGCUGUCGAUGCUCAGUUCCACCAGGGGGCACUGAACAGUCAGUACAUGGAUAUGUACCAAUAUGCUGAUCCACAUACACAGAUUCUGGCACAAGUUCCUGAACCUCAAGAAGGGAGACAAACGAUGUCUCCACAAGCAGUCUCUCUUGGAGAAACAAGAACAGGCAUGACUCCCGAGGUUAAACAAUCCAUUCCCACAAACCCAAGCCCUUCUCCUGUGAGCAAAAGUGUCCCUCUGGCAGAGAACCAGUCCACCACCUUGGGGCAGCUCAGAGAGCGGGCGGACAGUUCAGCGUCGAGCUCCCGCACCACAUCCAGCACAAGCUCACCAGCAUCUUCCACAUCCGCUAGUCCGCAAAACACUGUUUCUCCGCCCGUCCUAAGGUCCUCCCCGACUCUGUCCAUGUCUCUGGCGGUGUCUGAAACUACUACUAAUAUUGCAGCCAAAUGCAGACUCUCACCUAUAUCUGAAGAGAAAAAGCCUUUUGUGACUGUGGGACGGUUCCAUGUUAGUCCAAGCAAGGAAAUCCCAAUUCAAGCUCCCAACCCGACUCCUAGCCUGACGCAAACUCCUAUCCCCACAACUCCAUCCACAUCAAUGCUAACCCAAACAUCUCAUAAAACACUUCCCCAAACCACGCCCCCCACAAACAACAGCCAAUCAGACAGCAGCACAGAUGUCCAGGUGGAUUCUGAAAGCACUCCCAGCUCUCUAAAUGAGUCCUCACCACUCACCAAGCAGCCUAACGUGACUUUACCCAAAGCAGACACCGCCCCCGUAUGGACUGGAGAAACCAAAUCCCUAGACAGAAGAGUUGUAGAUCCUGAUGAGAGAUGUGAAAUAGGGGAGGAGGUGGAGGAGGGGACAGAAAGGAGGCGGAGGAGGAUAAGUGUGAGUCUGCUGGACAGUUCGGCCGGGAGUCCUCAGUUCAGUCUAAAUCAGCCGUGGAUGAGUUACACACGCAGCACAUCGUACGCCAGCAGCGACGACACUGAGAGCGAAGACGAGGAAAUGUAUCAGGAGCUCCAGGAACUCAGAGAGAGACAUGUUGAAGAGGUUCAGGCCCUCCAGGCCUCACAAAAGCAGGAGAUCGAGGAGCUGUACAAGCGCAUUGGUAAAGUGCCCCCUCCUGGAAUCGUCUCCCCAGCGGCCAUGUUGUCUAGCCGGCAGCGUCGCCUGUCUAAGAGCAGCGGAUACCCCACCUCUCGCAGAAACAGCUUGCAGAGAUUGGAGAUACUGCCCCCUACAGGUAUCAUGCGCAAGAACUCAAUGAGUGGCAGCAGCAGCGGAUCUCAGGAAAGGAGCAGUAAAGGAGUAACCUUUGCAACCGAUUAUGCCAGAAUUUGAUUUCUCUCGCUAAGGAGCUCUUUGUCCCCCGUCCUGCUCUGUGUCUGGAUUGAAGUGACAUCAUUGCUUUCUCAUGCCACUGCUGAUGUUUUUGGUAUGAAGAAAGGAGUCUGUGUGUUUUUCAACAGGCUCUGACGGGAAUAUUUCUUUAACCAUUAUACCUCUGCUCAGUAAUUUAAGGAUGAUUUGCUUACAUUGUGAGCUUUCUGAAGAGUCGGGCACUGAAGAGUAUGUGCAGACUUUAUAUAUACAGUUGACGUCAUAAUUAUUAACCCCCUUUGAUUUUUGUUUUCUUUUUUUUUAUAUUUCCCAAAUUAUGUUUAACAGAGCAAGGAAACUUUCACAGUAUGUCUUAUAAUAUAUUU